UUUGAGCAAUGGCAGAAUUUGCUGCGCAUCUCAAUCUCAAUCUCGAGCACAACCGACCGUCGUUCUUUGAGCUUGUCGCUCAAGACAGCAUGAUGUCGAUGCUCAAGCCAGCACUCAAGUUCCUUCUCAUGGUCGUCACGCAGCGGCACCCUGGUCCACUCGCCUGGGCAAUCAAGCAUCACGAAGAGUGCUACUCGCUCAUCACGCUGCUCGUCCAGAAGCACUACUUGCAGGUCUAUGACGCCUCGUUUGCAGAGAAUUUUUACGGAUUGAAGCGCGUCCAAUCGCACGAAACCGAUUCGCAGUCGGUCGAGCAGCUCAAGCAUCGCCCAAUGUCGCUCUCGUCCAGCGAUCGUCGCAAGUCUCUAUUCUUCUUGGCGGUGCUGCCAUACCUCAAAACAAAGCUAGAUGCUCUCUUCUUGAAACAUAAUGCCGCGGUUCGGCAACAUGCCGCAUCUGCGACCGCUGCAGCAGCUUCAUUAUCGCCAUCAAUAAGCGUUCACCAAGACGGCAAUCAACCGCAACCUUUCGCGCAGUCGCAGUCACCAUCGUCACUAGUCCGGGUCUUUACGUUCAUUUACCCUUUCGUCCAUUUAACGUGGGAGGCGUCGCACUUUGUUUGCCAAAUGUUGUAUCUCUUUGACGAAACCGCGUAUUAUUCCCCCGAGCUGUUCCUGGCUGGAUUACGGCUCCGGAGACUGACAGCCAUGGAUGUUAUCAAUCAACAAAAUAGCCUGAUUCUCGGGGAAAUGGAGCGUGCCAAGCGGCUCGUUGGUCCCGGCUUCAUUCGCGGCUUUCUUCGGUUUCUCAGCAAUACGGUCAACUCGGCCAUCGACUAUUCCAAGUUUGUUGUGCCCAUCACCAUUUUCUUUUUCAAGUUUCUCGAGUGGUGGUACGAUUCCGAGCACUACACGAUUGCCGUUUCGCUCCCUGUUCCGCCCGCGCCCCCAAUGCCAAAGAUUCCCGAGCAGGGCUUGGCUCUACCUCAAGACGCCAGCAUUUGCCCGCUGUGCUUGAAACAGCGAACAAAUCCGGCAGUAGUGGCAGUGUCCGGAUUGGUAUUCUGCUACCCAUGUAUUCAUCCAUACCUCGAGCAACACCGCUGCUGUCCCGUUACGCUACUGCCCGCUUCAACCAGCAGUCUUAUCAAAAUUUUUGCGGGUUCUGGGGGCUUGUAGCCACUAUCGCGGUUUCGAGUACACACACAAACAAUAAAAAUCAAAUCAUGCA